AUGCCAGUAUUCAUUCGAAGAAAUCAAACUGUGCCUAGAAUACCGUGGGCCUUUGCCAUGGCCGAGGCGUGUGGAGUGAUCCUCUGUAACAUCUGGCUGCUUGUUCUGCUGCUGCAUAAACACAGAUCCAUCCUGUUGCGACGUUUGUGCAGCCUCAUGGGGACGGUGUUCAUGCUGCGCUGCAUCACCAUGUUUGUCACCUCCCUGUCAGUGCCAGGACAGCACCUGCAGUGCUCGGGAAAGAUAUACGGUGACAUGUGGGCCAAACUGCAGCGAGCUGUUGCCAUCUGGAGCGGCUUUGGGAUGAGCCUGACCGGAGUGCAUACUUGUGGCGACUACAUGUUCAGCGGUCACACUGUGGUCCUCACUAUGCUCAACUUCUUCGUCACAGAGUACACUCCACGGAGCUGGAACUUCAUUCACACGUUGUCCUGGGUCCUCAAUCUUUUCGGCAUCUUCUUCAUCCUGGCCGCACAUGAACACUACUCCAUCGACGUGUUCAUCGCCUUCUACAUCACUACCAGACUCUUCCUGUAUUACCACACUCUAGCGAACACCCGGGCCUACCAGCAGAGCCGACGAGCUCGCAUCUGGUUCCCCAUGUUCUCCUUCUUCGAGUGCAAUGUCAAUGGACCCGUCCCCAACGAGUACUGCUGGCCCUUCUCCAGACCCGCUGUGAUGAGGAGGCUGAUAGGAUAAAAAAACCCAGCAGUGUCAGAAACUACUUAACAUGUGCUGUUUUGUCUGCUUUGUGAAGUUGCCAACUGAGGCGGUGUGUGAUGUCCUCACCAGGAAAGACAACUGAUGUCAUCCCAUCAGCACUGAGGCCUAAUGGGAUACACAUAGCCAUAACCUCUAACAUUCUGGGAUUUAGCUUCUAACCUGCUCUCCCCGUCACCAUUUUUAGGAGGAUUAAACAAAAUCUAUAAAACCCUGCCUAGUUUAAAAGCAAAAACACUUUCUGCCUGACUUGAAAACUGAAGGAGGUGGAGGCACAGUAUGUGUGUAUGAUUGAUCUCCACAAACAACAUUUUCUUUCGGUAACUCCCAUGUUAAAGACAUAGUGUUUAUAUAGCGUGUGAAGGAAGUAAGAUACGUCUUAAAAUUCUCAGGCAGCAGUGUAGCUAAUCCUUCCCAGCAGUUACACCCGGGCCACACAGGGUGCGUGUGCAGCGUGUGACAGCUGCGUCGCUGAUAUGCUGCGUCUUUUGCCAGUCGGUUGUGGAACCAAGAUGUGAGUUUUUUGGUCCAGGAAUAAAAGCUGGCCAAUAUUCUCAACUAAAUGUCAGGACUCUACCGUAUGAAGCUGUGCAUCUUCUGGCCUGCAAUAACAAUAAAAAUCACGUUUAAACAAAUACAUGAAUUCAGUCAACAGAAAGGCUAGAUUUUACUUUGAAACAGGUACAGGAAGUGCAAAUAUUCGACAGAUAGACAUGAAAUGUGGUGAAUGAAAAGUUUCACUGUCUAUUCUGCGGCAUGUCAAGAAAAUAGGCGAGGCCCCGAAGAGCAGUGUGGCUGCUCGAACCUGAUAACAAGGCGCUCCGCAAUGCACACGUACCACUCAUGCAUCCAGUGUGGCCCUGGGUCUUAACCAUUUCUAGUGCAAUUAAUAAUCAUUUCAAGGUUUGAAUCUUGAUUCCUGAGUGAAGGUUUUGUCUUCUCACUUUGUAAUGUAUCAGAACAUAACUCUGUGGACCACUGUUGAAGCAAUAUGUAAAGAGCUACCAGUUGCGAAUGCUCUUUUCCUGUAUAGCAGUUUCUUUCCAUAAUGGUGAGAAGCAGAUGUUAUGAAAGGCUCCUGCAUUCCUUGAGAUUUUGCUUACAUCAUGACAGUGUUGCUUAAUACUAAAAGAGAAAUCCAGCUUAGAUUAACAUGCAUUGACUUCUUUGUUUUUAUUGUUCACGUAGCCUAUUUUCUCUUAACAGACCUAGAAGAGAUGCAUUUAAAGAUGUCUCUAUCAGCCAAAAAUGUGGAAUGAAUUGUAUUUCCAGCUGUCUUAAAUAUUAUUCCAUUUGCCAAUUACCUUGAGUAUACGAUAGUUCUCUUGCUGUGUAGAAAUGUUCCAAAUCUUAACAUGUUUACAGUCGGGUAGUUGGAUAGUGCUUUUUUUAAUUCACUGUUAAUGACCCGUAUACCAUGUAAAGUCUCCCAGAUAUGACUCUGACAUUAAAUCUGUAGUAAUGGUUCUUUAAAAGGACCCUUACAUUUGUAGGUAUUUGUUUGUAUUAAUUUAUUUCAUUUUUGUAAAUGUCAAUAGGUAUUUUUAUAUUUCAUGUACAGUUGCAGCAACAUGCACAUGGAGAAAUGUUUACAGUUGCUGGUAACUUUUGUUUUAAACACAAUGUGCUAUUUAAGUGUAGUGUUGGUUUCAGAUAGGCCUCUGCAUUUCAUCGAGUGGUACUUGCCACUGCAGUAAGAGAAUUGAGGAACGAUGAUGCUCUUAUGUUCAUAUGCAAAGCCACUUGACUUGUUUUAUGUCUUGCUUGGUCAUUUCCAUCAUUAAAGUGCUGAAAUCA